CAAAUCAUUGUUUUCCGUUUAUAUUUACAUCUAACACAAUUUCCGAACUCAUAUGGAAACGGGGUUUUUAUUUUGCAUGUAAAGGGCACUGAGAAUGGGAUUAAAAUGUAUUUAUGUAUUUGUGUGUUUUUCUAUUAUACUGUCACUUUAAAUCGAACCAAUUAAUAAAUAUAAAUUAAUACACAUUUUGUGGUUAAGAAUGACAGUGUAGAACAGGGGUGUCAAGCUCAUUUUAGCCUAGGGGCCGCAUGGAGGAAAAUGUAUUCCCAAGUGGGCCGGAAUGGUAAAAUCAUGGCAUUAUAACUGACAAAUAAAGACAACUCCAGGUUGUUUUCUUUGUUUUGCUUUGGCCCAAAAUAGAACAUGCACAUUCUGAAAACAUACAAAUCACAAAUAAUCCUCCAAAAUUUUGAGGAAAUUGGUUCGGCUUCAAAAAACACAAUGAGCUUAGACUUGGUCUCAGUGUAUCUACAAAGACAGGAUUAAACUUUUAAGUCACAGUCUUUCUAGGAUUGAAGAAAAAACAAUCAAAUACCUCCUUUGUCAUGUCCACGUAUCAAUGCAGUGCUGACUCAACAAACCGUAAAAAUCUGAGGUAAAACUAUUAAAAACUACACUUUUCUCGUGUUUGAUAGACAUUUUGGGGCAACGAGGGUGCCAAAUAUCCAUGUUUUUGAAGCAGAAGACAUAAAACGGCAGGUUUUAAGUUUCAUGUGGGUCGAGGAGGAGGAGCCACAGUCACCCUUUACUGUGUACCCCUUACUGAACCGUUUGCUUGCCUAACAGAAUUGCUUUUGUGACAUCCAGUGGACACAUUUAGAACAGCAGUUUCUUUCGUUAAAAAAAAACCCCAGCUCAUUUUCAUACUUGGCAAACUCAUCACGCGGGCCGGAUAAAAUAUGUUUGCGGGCCUGAUCCGAACGUUUGACAUCCCUGGUGUAGAAUGUUAAUUAGGCCAUUUAGUUAAAAAAAUAUUCCUACUAAAGGAUUAAGUUGCAAAAUUAUAAGAACAAAACAAAGUUUAUUAAUCAUGUAUUUAAAAUAAGUGCAAUGAUCAUGAAUUGUAUUCUUUCUGUGCAGGCAGAUUCAAAGUUUCCGUGAUGUCAUUGGUCGUUGUCAUUGACAGAAGUCACGUGGCUUCAUCACGUGACAUCCCGGAAGCUGUGAGGUGUUUUUUUUUUUACUGUAUGUAUUGUCGGCUCACCGCGACGCCGAGUCGCACACAAUGCAUGUUGGCGAGACUCCAUAAGUAUGGAUAAGAUAAACAUUUGUCUACGUCCCGACGUGCUUCUUGAGGUAAUUACCUGUCUUUUGUCGCCAUUGUGAGCGUCCACUCCGAACCAUCACCAUGGCAUCUUCGAGGUGCGUUCAGGACCUUGCCACAGAGAAGGACAGACUUCUUUCCUCCACGACCGACUACGGGUCUCAGGACCUUCUCGGGGCUAGUCUUGUGAGCGCCGACCUCCGCCAGCUGCAGGAGCAGGAGGAGGAAGAGUCCCUGAGGAGGAAGCUCAAGUAUUUCUUCAUGAGCCCGUGCGACAAGUACCACGCCAAGGGACGCAAGCCCUUCAAGCUGGGCCUGCAGCUGCUCAAAAUCGUCAUCGUCACAGUGCAGCUGGUGCUCUUUGGCCUGAGCAACCAGAUGGUUGUGACGUUCAAAGAGGAAAACACAGCGGCGUUCAAACAUCUCUUUCUGAGGGGUUACCGUGACAACACUCCUCAGGCGGUCCACACGCAAAAAGAACUGUACAGCCACAUCAACUUUGCCAUUGCGCAGUACCUCGCUCUCCCUGAGAUCUCUCUGGGACAGUAUGCCUACGUACCAGGUGUCGGGGGAAAUGGAAGUGCGCUCCUCCUGUGCCAGAGAUACUACAAGAGGGCCACCAUCAUCCCUGUCAAUGAGACCUUCGACAUCGAUCCUCAUAUUCUCACUGAGUGCAUCGGAGUCAGCCCGCAGACUCACGGUUCCGCUGGUGGAGAAGGCGGCUACAGGAACUUCACUCUCAACUUUUACAAGCUGAUCAAUGUGACAAUUGAUUUCCAGUUGAAGGCGAUCAACGUUCAGACCAUCAUCAACAAUGAGAUCCCUGACUGCUACACCUUUGCUAUCACGAUCCUCAUGGACAACCGAGCUCACAGCGGCAAAGUUAAGGUGAGUUUACAAAACCAGGCCUCCAUAAGGGAAUGUAAGGACCCCAACGUGUCUGGACAUGCGGAGAGCUACGCCCGGCAGUUCUUUGACGUGUUGGUGGCGCUCGUUUGCCUGCUCUCUCUGCUGCUGUGUGGACGGUCCGUCCUCAGAGGUGUAAUCUUGCAACACGAAUACGGACAGUUUUUCCAGAGCAGACUGGGCCGUGGCGUGAGCUGGGGUGACAGAAUGGAGUUCAUCAACGGCUGGUACAUUCUGCUCAUCGUAAGCGACAUGUUCACCAUCGUCGGCAGCUUCAUCAAGAUUGGGAUCGAGUCCAAGAAUUUAUCAUCCUACGACGUGUGUUCCAUCCUGCUGGGAACGUCCACUUUGUUGGUAUGGCUGGGAGUCAUCCGUUAUCUCAGCUUCUUUCAGAAAUACAACAUCUUGAUCGUGACACUCCGGGCUGCUUUUCCCAAUGUCAUCCGUUUCUGUUGCUGCGCGGCCGCCAUAUAUUUGGGAUACUGCUUCUGUGGAUGGAUUGUACUGGGCCCGUAUCAUACCAAGUUUCGCUCCCUGCCCAUGGUGUCAGAGUGCCUCUUUUCGCUGAUUAACGGCGAUGACAUGUUUGUGACGUUCGCCGAGAUGGAGCGGACCGGCACACUGGUUUGGAUCUUCAGCCAGGUCUACCUUUACACCUUCAUCUCCCUCUUCAUCUACAUGGUGCUGUCCCUCUUCAUCGCGCUCAUCACCGGAGCCUACGACACCAUCAUGGCGCAAACACAGGAGCAGGUACGCGUCAGCGACCUCCAUGCGUUUAUCGCGGCGUGCACGGACACGCCCAGCUCUGGGAGGUUCCGCAGUCCUGAGGGGUCGUCAUGCUCCUUCCUCUGCUGCUGUGAGUGGUAA